AUGGUUCAGCUUCAUUUCAAUGGUUUUUAUUUUUGGCUGACAAAAAAGAAAGAGAAAAGGAAUGUGGCUUUCUAUAUCGAACAUCUUUUCGGCAGGUCAUCAUCAUCGAGUUACUUAUAUGAUCUGAAUAAUUUUGGAAUUUGCCGUCUCGAUUUUUAUUCCCAGCGUCCAGCGGAAGCUGGGAGUAAGAGGAGGUUGUUUUCUUCAAUCAUUAAGCAGGAUGUCCAAUCUUCUCCUGACGUUGACCGGCCAACAUCGCCUCCAGGAGGUGACAAUAUACGGGCGGCGUUAGUGAUCACGGAGUUUACGCAGCCUUGGCUCUCCCACGAGUGCAAGGGGAACACAAAGAAACAGGCACCACAAGCGAAUUAUGAAGCCACGGACCGGAACCGCUUCAAGUGCCAAUACUGCACGUACACGACGCCCUACAGAUCGAAGCUUCCCGUUCAUGAGCGUGUUCACACUGGAGAACAGCCGUAUCAGUGCAGCAUCUGUGCUAAGGUGUUUUCGCGGAAAGACAACUUGAAUGAACAUUUGCGCUUUCACACCGGGGAGAAACCAUUUGCGUGUGAACACUGCGAGCGCAAGUUCAGCCACAAGUCGGACCUGACAAAGCACAGACGUUGUCACACUGGCGAGAAACCGUAUGGGUGUCCGAUAUGCCACAAAAUGUUUGCACACAAGGGAAACAUGCUCGACCAUCAGCGAACGCACACUGGUGAACGGCCGUUCAGGUGCAGCUUUUGCACGUACAGCUGCGGAUACAAGCGGGACCUCAACAGGCACAUUCAGACGCACAUGGGAGAAAAAUAUGCGUGCGUGCGCUGCCCGAAGAUGUUCUCACGUCCACAUUUGCUGAGGCAACAUGAAAACGUGCAUCAUGGGAUGAUGUUGCAAAUUGAUGGGUCACAGCAGCCAGUAGGGAUUGAUUAUGAGCAUUUGCAACAUAGCUCAGCUGUGUGAAGUAACUUUCAAGUACCCUCAGGAGGAGAACUUUGAAAUGCUGGGCCUUAUGCAACCUGCUUGACUUUAAAUGCCGGAUAGUAUAAGUAACGAGUAUGUACAAAAUAUUUGGUUCUGUGUAACAGAAGUUUGUGAUAUCUUG